AUGCCACCCCGUCCGUUCGUCAAUGACGGGCUUUGGCGAUGUCUUUGCCCGAGCUUCCCUUCUCAUGCGACGCCCUCGGUAGGCUUGCGCGUCGGGGCACCACCUCGCAGGAGGCUUCGCAACAGGCUCGCCGCCAACCGUAUUUCCACCACCCAUGACCCUUUUUCGGUGCAAAGCAAGAGCAGCACCAACACCACCCCCGAUACCAAUAACAGCCCGCAAUUGUCCCCUAGAAAUGCCUUUCGUUCGAUCCCGUUGCACAAUGGUGCGCCCCCACUAUUCUCCCCCUCUCGCGACCACCACCGUCCAGGCCCGGCACGAUUCGCACACCUCUCCACACAGGCUUUGUAUGAGGCUGCACGCACGGAAGGCGCAAAGGGCAAUUUCAACCAAGUCAUGGACAUUUGCAGGGUGCUGAUCAAGGAGAGAGGGGAGGCGCGGAACACAGCCAUGUACACGGCCGUUCUACACAGCUUGGCCAGCGCGAGUAAUGGCACGGCAGGCAAACUGCGCAGCGUGCUCGAAGAGAUGGGCUUCUGGGAAGAUUCAGACACAUUCGUCUCCGGCCAGUCCCGCAUUGAGCUGGAUGUGCGCGCGUGUGAAUGUGUGCUCGAGGCCCUGGCAGUACACCCCGACUAUCUGCUCCGCCAGGACAUUCUCGAGUACAUGAGGACCCGCUGGUUUACCUUGUCAGAUCGCGCACGGAACUUUGUCGUGGCGGGAAUGUUGCGUGACCGUCACUUUGAGCAUGCGCUUGAAGUGCUCGAAGACAUGGUCCGGACCAAAGCUCGUGUGGAAAGUUGGCUAUUCAACAAGGCUACGUGGAUGCUGCUAGAGUAUGGCGAGGUCGAAGAGGCCUUCUACGUCCUGAGUCUCAUGGAAACGUGUCAUGGCGCAAACAGGCGCAGUGCCGGCAGUGUCAAGCUCUCCGAAGCACUGAGAAUGGCAUUGCUAGAUGCAGCUGGACGUCAACAGCUGUACGAGCCUGCCAGAAAGAUCUGGAUGGAACAUGUCCAGACCGGCUUCAUCAAGCCUGGUACAGGAGCCUCCCUCUCCGUCCUGACGCUCGCUGCACGCCAUGGCGACGUCGGACUCGCCACUGAUGUCUUCCGCGUACUUACAGAGCAAGGAACAACUCUCACGACGCACCAUUAUGAACUUCUUGUCUCAACUUACCUUAAAGCUCACGAUCUAUCCUCCGCACUCUCCGUGUUACUCAUCAUGGUGGAUGCCAACCUCAGGGUAAACGAAGGGACCUGUAACCCUCUUUUCAUGCAUCUCUCCUCUGAGAAGCCUGGCGAAGAAAGUCGUCCCAUGCAAGCUUUCAAGAUACUCCAAACUUACGAAGCAGCCGGUCGCAAGAUCCCCACUGACGCAGUAAACGCUUGUAUUCAAGCGAGCACACGACUUGGCCGCUUUGAGGAAGCCCUCGAGAUCUACAAAGCACUGCACUCUGUCUCGCACGCGGGGCCCAAUACACAAACGUUCAAUAACCUCUUCCGCCUCUGCCACCUGGCUGAACGCAAAGAACUUGCCAUGUACUUUGUCAAUGAGAUGAUUGCGCUCAAUCUGAAACCAGACCGUGUAACCUACGAUCGCCUGAUUCUCGUUUGUCUCUUGGCGAACGACCUGGAAGAUGCGCUUCUCUACUAUGAGGAAAUGAUGACUCUUGCUUCUGGGUCAGGGAACAGCAAAGAUCGCCCAAGACGCAAGACGUGGGAGCGUUUGAUCAAAAAGUGUGUGGAAAACGGGGAUGACAGGGCGGUUCCAUUAUUCGAAGCGUACAAGAAGGCGGUUGAGGACCCAAGGAGGGAUCUUGAGAGAGAGAUUAGGGCCAAGUUUGUGUCGGUGCGCGCUGGGGAUAAGAGCGCGAGCGUGGGAGAAGCUGCAAGGGAGGGAGGGGGGGUGAAGGGAGACAGUGAAGUUGUAAGGCCAGUGGGAUCAUAG